GGGUUUCUGGAUGAAUGGAACGGGGGUAAAAAUGGUGGCAUUGCUGGAGGUAUUGAAAUCUGUAUCACCUUUCCCACAGAAUACGUAAAAACACAAUUACAAUUGGAUGAAAGAGCAAAUCCCCCUCGGUAUAGAAGCAUUGGUCACUGUGUGAGGCUAACCAUUCAGGAACAUGGUGUGAAGGGUCUGUACAGGGGCCUAAGUUCUUUGUUGUAUGGCUCUAUUCCAAAAUCUGCUGUCAGGUUUGGAAUGUUUGAGUUCCUCAGCAAUAUUGCAAAGGAUUCAAAUGGGAAACUAGACAACAAAAGGAGUUUACUUUGUGGCCUUGGAGCUGGUGUUGCAGAAGCUGUCCUAGUAGUCUGUCCAAUGGAAACUAUAAAGGUGAAGUUCAUUCAUGAUCAGUCCUCUUCAAAUCCAAAGUACAAAGGGUUUUUCCAAGGUGUCCGUGAGAUUGUUCGGGAACAAGGCUUACGUGGAACAUAUCAGGGGCUGACAGCUACUGUCCUCAAACAAGGUUCAAACCAGGCUAUCCGUUUCUUUGUGAUGACUUCCCUUCGAAAUUGGUAUCUAGGUGAUAAUCCCCACAAAAAGAUGAAUCCAUUUAUUACAGCUACAUUUGGUGCUACUGCAGGUGCAGCCAGUGUCUUUGGCAAUACUCCAUUAGAUGUCAUCAAAACCAGGAUGCAGGGCCUGGAAGCCCAUAAAUAUAAAAAUACACUAGAUUGUGCCUAUCAGAUCCUCAAAAAGGAGGGCUUAUUAGCAUUUUACAAAGGAACAGUUCCCCGUCUUGGCCGAGUCUGUUUGGAUGUAGCAAUUGUGUUUGUUAUUUAUGAAGAAGUGGUCAAUGUUCUCAACAAGGUCUGGAAAACUGCCUGAUGCUGCUUGUAUAAGGCUGACGAGGACAGUUUGGAUAGCUGGCUAGCCAAGUCCAAUGAGUGCAGAUCUAAAUUGAAUUUAUUGCCUAUGGUUUAUUAUCAUAGGUGUUUGAAAUGCAAACGCUAUCAUUCCAUCUUCAUUCUUUAAAGUGACAAAACUAAUCCAGACAUUACACUACUUCAAAGUUUAUAAGUUGUAUGGUGUAGCGAAAAGGCUAGUAGGGCAAUAUUACUAACUGCAUACAUGCUGGCUCCUAACACAGCUGAAAUUGGUGAUCUUGGUAGGCAGAAAACCAAUUAAAGUAAAAACACUUGGCUAGA